AGUUUCGGGCUCAGAAGACCCCAAUUUUGUGAAUCACCACGGGCCUUUCCCUCUGAAACAUGGCGGGCUAUCCCAAGGGCGCUCAACCGCAGGACUUCAUUAAGGGAUGGCCGCACCCUGAACUCCUCAGCCGAGCUGAGUUGAGAGCAGCCUUGACCGAGAGCUUUCACAAAGGACUGGAAAUGUCUGAGGAAACCCUGAACUACGGCGACAAGGCGAACGGCGCUUACAUGCUGGGCCAUCCACGCUUUCUCCAGGGCUUAGCGAAGUUCCUGGAGCAGCAAUAUCAAGCGCCCACGGAUCCCAAGACCUUGAUGAGCACCAUUGGCGCAUCCAUGGGUACCGAUUUGUGCUUCCGUAUUUAUGGGAAGCCUGGGGACAUUUGUGUCUUCGAGGAACCCACCUAUUUCUUGGCCUUUACCAUGGCACGGAACUCCUUCCUGGAGCUGAAGGGCGUGCCAAUCAUGGAGGAUGGCAUGGAUUUGGAUGCGCUGGACAAGGUUUGCACUGAAAGCGAAGGCAAGGUGAAGUUUGUCUACACCGUGCCUAUCCAUCACAAUCCCACAGGCUAUUCGAUGUCCAAUGAGAAGCGAGUGAGGCUGAUGCAGCUCGCGAAGAAGCACAAGUUCCUUGUGAUCGCAGAUGAGGCCUACCAGCUCUUGAACUUUGGGAAGACCGAUAUGAAGCCACUCUUUUACCAUGACGACAAGGAAGACCCGCGGGUCUUUUCCAUUGGCACCUUCUCCAAGCUCAUUGGCCCUGGUACUAAGGUUGGCUGGGUUCAGGCUCACACGUCCUUGUUGAAGCCUUUGACCGACAUCGGCUUUAUCGACAGUGGUAACAAUCCUGUGAUCUUCUCCUCCAUGAACUUGCUUCAUUUCGUUGAAUCCGGCGCGCUGGCCAAGCACAUCGAUGCCGUCUCCAAAGACCUCGGCGAGAGGUGUCAAUUGAUCUGCAGAAAGCUCCGAGAGGUUGGACUGGAGGUCUAUGAGCCCAAAGGUGGCUACUUCGUGUGGGUCAAAUCCAAAGGCAAGAAGACGGGCAAGAGUGGGGAAGCCACGGCAAUUAAGAAGGACAAGUUCCAUGACUACAUGCGACUAUGUUUCUGUUGGCUUACCAGGGAACAGAUUGAGGAGGGCAUCGAGUACCUCCGCCCGUGAUGCUGGCGUCGAGUUUUCCGUUCUGGUGCCUAUGCGCUGGGACCAAUCGCCCAGGUUCGUGAAGCCUUGCUCGAGACUGCAGCUUCGCGCGUGUAGAAA